AUGAAAAACAAAGAUGGCAGAGCUUCGGAAAGUAGCAGCCCAACCACAAAUAAUGAAUCCGAACACGUCGACAUAGAAGGAUGCAACUUUGGACUCACCCCAAUCGAACUGCCUUACUUGUGGUACCCGAACCAACAGAGCGUUAACCACCUCGAGUAUGUCCGUCGGCUGGAGUGUGAGUUCACUUGCCUUCAACGUGCCUUCCUGGCGCUCACUACACAAUUCGCACGAUUGCAAUUUCGCGUACGCCAAAUAGUGCAAGCUGAUCCUUGUGAACGAGAAUCUCUUCUACUAGAUCUCGAACGCCUUGCCUUUAACAGCGAGGGAGAAAAUGACGAAUUGCCGCCCAUUCAGCGCGAUGCUAUAAAUAUGGGCGAUGUGCGCCGCAAACAAAGUGUCAUAUUGGAGCGACUGCGCUCGCAACUAAGUGAUCUGUCACAAGCUGAAAGCCGGCAGCCAAUACCAGAGUUAGAUGCCGCACCACCUGAACAAGGCUCUAUUGAUGAAGUAACAUGCUUCUGCCUUAAGAAGAAACGAAAACCACCACCAACCCCAGAAACACCUACUGACCCCAGUACCGCCGUAAGUAGCGCCGAAUCAACGCAUUCCACAUCUAGCAAAUCCAAAAUCUAAACGUCAGUGGAAAGUGAAAGCGAAGAAGAAAAGUCGAGAAGAACAAAUAUGAAGUAAAGAAUGUCGAUCACUGACGAGGAGGCGUUAGCCUAUGCGCGCAACGGAACGUUCUCAGUUACAACCCCAACGGCUCCUUUCGCCUUUGCCAGGAAGCGAGUAGUACAAGAAAGCCUAGGCCUUGCGAUUGCAAGCCAAUGA